CUCUUGGGGUCUGUAGGUGUCGCCAUUGACUCCCUGCAAACAUGGCUGCCCAGGAUGAACUCAAUCAACUGGAGCGGGUCUUCCUGCGCCUGGGCCAUGCAGAGACCGAUGAUCAGCUUCAGGAUAUCAUCUCCAAAUUUCUACCCCCUGUUCUUCUGAAACUCUCCAGUGUGCAAGAGGGUGUGCGGAAGAAAGUAAUGGAGCUGCUGGUCCACUUGAACAAGAGGAUCAAAAGCCGACCUAAGAUUCAGCUUCCAGUGGAAACUCUACUGGUCCAGUACCAAGAUCCUGCCGCGGCCUCCUUUGUGACGAAUUUCACAAUCAUCUACAUCAAAAUGGGCUACCCUCGCCUGGAGGUUGGAAAGCAAUGUGAGUUGGCUCCUACUCUGCUGACUGCCAUGGAAGGCAAGCCACAACCGCAGCAGGAUAGCCUAAUGCACCUGCUGAUUCCUACUCUUUACCAUAUGAAAUAUCCAGCAGACGCCUCCAAGAUGGCUUCUCCCUUUAACUUAACUGAGCGGCCAAAGACCGUGCAGCUCUUGCUGGAGUUCAUGCUGGAUGUCUUGCUGAUGCCUUACGGGUUUGUACUGAACGAAUCUCCCACUCGCCCUGCACCGUCCUCCUCCCAGGGGGCUUCUGCCGAUGGGUCGUCGGCGUCAUCCGGGCAGAGUCUGCCCCAGGCUCCCCCGGGGAUGAACAUCUACGCUGCCAAGAGGGUCAUUGGAGAGGCCCAGUGGACUUCGGAGCAGCUGGAGCAGUGCAAGCUGGGCAUCGUGAAGUUCAUUGAGGCCAAGCAAGUGCCAGAGGUGGAAACGGUGAUUCACCUGGUGGUGGCGUCCAGCGACACACGACAUAGCGUGGCCACUGCAGCUGACCUGGAGCUGAAAAGCAAACAGAGCAUUGUGGACUGGAACAAUCCCUCCAUCAUCAACAAGAUCUACAAAGUGUACUUGGGGGAUGUUCCUCUCAAAACUAAGGGUGGCACUAUGAAGCAUGAGCUAAAACACGAACCUGUGAGCACGAGAGUCAAGUUAAAGAUCUUGCCACAUCUUCUACGCUCACGCUUUGCUGCCGAGUGUUUCCCGGCUAACAUCCAGGUUGUAUAUGAUGGUUUGUUUGGGGCCAACACCAACAACAAACUGUUGUCCCUCACACUGCAGUUUGUCCAUCACAUCUGUAUUGUGUGCCCUGACACUAAUAAGCCUUUAGGACUGAUGCUGCUGAAUGGCCUUACAAAGCUUAUUAAUGAAUACAAGGAGGAUCCUAAAUUACUUUGUGUUGCAUAUUCUGCAGUCGGGAAACUUUCAAGCCGUAUGCCGCAGCUCUUCACUAAGGACAUUGCUCUCGUGCAGCAGUUUUUUGAGUCCAUGUGCAAGGAGGAGCCGGAUGUUCGUCUUGCCAUCCAGGAGGCUUUAUCCAUGAUGGUAGGAGCGUAUGCCAACCUCCAGGGGGCACUACUGAACCUGAUGGAAGCCUUGGUGGCUGCCUAUAUUGUGAAGCCCGAGGUACAAGUUCGCCAAGUUGCCAUGAAGUUUGCCAGCACAGUGUUUGCUCCUGACCAUGUGCCAUCCAGGUACUUGCUGCUACUGGCUGCUGGAGACCCGCGUGAGGAGGUAUGUGGGGAGGCUCGCAAAGUGUUGCGGACUUUUUCCAAGAAGACUUUUGAAAAGGAGGGACCAAAGCCCAUACCUUCCUUUCCUGAGAUGGUGGCCUACAUCCAGGAGAAGGCAUGUCAGAGAAUGAAGACUCCUGCUAAAUACGUUGUUGGAACCUCGGCUAUUCCCUUCAACCCAUCGGCCUUCGCAGAGAUGGUGCUCUACCUCAGGAUGUGUCUGGUGUACAGCGCUGGAGCCACGCCGCUGUCAGCCCAACUUGCAGACAUGCAGGACGACGCGCCAGCCAUCGGCCGCUACGUGCACUCACUGCUGUCCUCGGAGUCUGUGGGGUGGAAGGGCCCUGAGGCCAACCCUGUGGAAGUCUACAUGGAUCUGCUGCAGCAGCUGCUGUCCGCUGUAGGAGGAAUCCCUGUAAUGUACUGUCUUUUGGAGGUGGUGUCUGUCUGCCCAGAGAAGCUGGCUCCCAAGUUUGCUGAUAAAAUCGACUGGAUUAAGUGUCUGAUGAACACCAACAAGGAGGACAUGAGGGAGCUGGCAGCCCAGCUGUACGCUGUGGUGGUGUCCACCAUGACGGGCAAUGAGCUGCAGGCCGCCGUGCACAACCUGCUGAAAAUCACCAAAGACAACCGCAGUCCCGAGACCCAGCAUGGUGCCGUCCUGGCUCUGGGCUACAUGGUGGGAAGGUACAUGAGCAAAAAGAAAAGUGCCGCAUACCAGGCACCUGUGGACAAGGAGAGCGUCACCUCUCAAGACAAUGAUGACAUCGUUGCAAUGGCAACAAAGACCAUUGGGUCUUUCCUGGACAGCAGCAGUGCUCUAUUGGCAGUAGCAGCGAGCACAGCGCUGGGAGAAGUUGCUCGGAAUGGCCCCCUGCUGAUCCCUCCUGAGGGCGAGGGCCUCACCAAACUGUCCGUCGUGGAAAACCUGCUGGCUCGCAUCCCCUCGGGCAAAGAGAGUGCAAAGGCCAAGGAGCGAUCAAUCCAGACUCUGGGCUAUUUACCGGUAGGAGACGGAGACUUCCCACACCAGAAGAAGCUGUUACAAGGACUCAUGGACUCAGUGGAGGCCAAGCAAGUGGAGUUGCAGUUCACAGUGGGAGAGGCCAUCACCAAUGCAGCUUUAGGCACCAGGUCUGGAGCUGUAAGAGAUCCAUGGACCUGCACUGAGGACCAGUACAGCCCACCACCAAAUGUGAAAAACAAUGACUUGGUUCCUUGGGUCCUCAACUCGGUCUUGUCCAAGUACAUACCCAGCCAGAACCCUCACAUCCGACAGGCAGCUUGCAUCUGGCUCCUCUCCCUGGUCAAGAAGCUCAGCCAACACAAGGAAAUCAAAUCCCAUCUGAAGGAGAUCCAGGUGGCAUUCAUCUCUGUUCUUUCAGAACCGGAUGAUCUGAGUCAGGAUGUGGCAUCGAAAGGCCUUGGACUAGUCUAUGAGAUGGGCGGGGAAGGAGACCAGCAAGAACUGGUGUCCACCCUGGUGGAAACACUCAUGACCGGCAAAAGAAUAAAACAUGCGGUCUCAGAAGACACGGAGGUGUUCCAAGGAGACGGUUUGGGCAAAACACCUGAUGGCCAUAACCUGUCCACAUACAAGGAGCUCUGCUCGCUGGCAAGCGACCUGAACCAGCCCGAUCUGGUCUACAAGUUUAUGAACCUGGCCAACCAUCACGCCAUGUGGAACUCCCGAAAGGGCGCCGCAUUCGGCUUCCACAUGAUCGCCACCAAGGCCGGGGAGCAGCUGGCCCCGUUUCUCCCGCAGCUGGUGCCACGGCUUUACCGCUACCAGUUUGAUCCCAACCUGAGCAUCCGCCAGGCCAUGACCAGCAUCUGGGACGCCUUGGUCACGGAUAAGACGCUGGUGGACAAGUACCUGAAGGAGAUCUUGCACGAUGUCAUCUCCAACCUCACCAGCAACGCCUGGAGGGUGCGGGAAUCCAGCUGUCUGGCCCUCAACGACUUGGUUCGCGGCCACCAAGCUAAUGACCUCAUCGAUCACUUGGCUGAAAUGUGGGAGACCUUGUUCAGAGUUCUUGACGACAUCAAGGAGUCAGUGAGAAAGGCUGCAGAUCUGACACUGAAGACUCUCAGUAAGGUGUGCACUCGCAUGUGUGAGUCUACUGGCUCUACGGCGCAGAGGACCGUGGCAGCACUGCUGCCCUCCUUGCUGGAGAAGGGGAUUGUCAGCAGUGUGUCCGAGGUCCGCUCACUCAGCAUCCAGACCCUGGUGAAGAUCAGUAAGACAGCCGGCGCCCGACUGAAGCCCCACGCUUCCCGACUCAUCCCAGCUUUACUGGAGGCCCUCAGCACCUUGGAGCCGCAGGUGCUCAACUACCUGAGCCUAAGAGCCACCGAGCAGGAGAAGAGUGCCAUGGAUGCUGCCAGGCUAAGUGCGGCCAAGUCCUCUCCAAUGAUGGAAACCAUCAAUAUGUGUUUGCAGCACGUGGAUGUUUCAGUGCUGGCAGAGCUGGUUCCAAGGCUGUGUGAGCUGCUCAAGAGUGGAGUGGGCCUAGGCACCAAGGGCGGUUGUGCCAGUGUGAUUGUUUCCCUCACAGUGCAAUGUCCCCAAGACCUCACUGCACACUCAGGUAAACUGAUGAGUGCUCUGCUCAGCGGCAUCCAUGACAGAAGCACUGUGGUGCAGAAAGCCUUUGCCUUUGCUCUGGGCCAUCUAGUCAGGACAGCGAAGGACAGCAGUGUCGAGAAGCUGCUCCUGAAGCUGAGCGCCUGGUACCUAGAGAAAGAAGAGCCGGUGUACAAGUCCUCCUGCGCCCUGACCGUGCACGCCAUCAGCCACUACAGCCCCGACGUCCUGAAGGCCCACGCCGGAGUGGCUCUCCCGCUGGCCUUCUUGGGAAUGCACCAGGCACCCAGCGCGGACGAAGACAAGGACGAGAGCCACGACGCCACCUUGUGGGGCGAGGUGUGGCAGGAGAACGUCCCCGGCAGCUUCGGAGGCAUCCGGCUCUACAUGACCGAGCUCAUCGCCAUUACCCAGAAAGCCCUGCAGUCCCAGUCUUGGAAGAUGAAGGCCCAGGGUGCGGCUGCCAUGUCGACCGUCGCCAAGGAGCAGACUGGCUCUCUGGUGGCGCCGCACCUGGGUUUGGUGCUGACAGCCUUGUUGCAGGGCCUGGCGGGACGCACGUGGGCGGGCAAGGAGGAGCUGCUGAAAGCCAUCGGAUCAGUUGUCUCCAAAUGCAGCAGCGAGUUACAGAAGCCCUGCCCCGGCCAGCCCACCAUCUCUGAGGUCCUGGAGGUGGUCUUGAAGGAAUGUCGUAAGGAGAGUCUCGUGUACAAAAUGGCUGCCCUGCACUGUGCCGGCGAUGUCCUUCACAGCUGCCAAGAGGACCGUUUCAGCGACAUGAACGACAUCCUCUUCCCUCUCAUCAAGAAGAGCUGCCCAGAGAGCGGUGCUGCUGUGCUGAGGUCACGAGAGGAUGAGGAUGAUGACCUCACCACGAAGGAGAAGGAACUGCAGACUGAAGCUGUGCUUUGUGCUUUUGAGACUCUGGGAAAGACUUGGCCCAAGAAUCCUCAGACACAAGCCCGCUUCCAGGUGGAGGUGUGCAGCCUGAUGUGUGACAAGUUGAAGCUGAGCACCUGGAAGGUCCAGCUAGCUGCUCUGCGCUGCAUGAAGGCCUACUUCACCAAAUUAUUGUUGUUGGAGAAGGACAACAGUGACAUGAGCAACCUGUCGGCCAUCUUGACACACACUUGUGCUGCUCUCACUCAUCCAUUAGAAAACAAAAGUUACUCGUCUGUGAGGACAGAAGCUCUUUCAGUGGUGGAACUCAUCGUGAAGAGAACUGGAGAGAGCGAGCAGUGGGAGUGUGUGUCUGCCAGAAGUCGUGAGCAGCUGCAGAGAUCUUUGUCCAGCCUGCAGGCAGACAGCAGAGCAGACCUGAAGGACAAAGCCCAGGAGCUGCGUCGACACAUCCAGAGUCAACCCUGACAUGCUAACAACUCUUUUCUAGUCUUUAUCAAAGAAUAUUAAUAAAUGUAAUUUACUGUUUGUGGACUUUGCUCAAUAUGGACUUCCACCCUGGAUCAUUUGUGUUGGUCUGCAAGAUAACCAGCAACACAACUUUUGGCCACACUUCAAACUUGUAACUUGUCAUGUUUUAUUUGUUGGAAUUCAAAUAAAUUCAACAUCCAUUA